AGGUCCUUUCCUACCUCAAUCGGUCUGUGAUGCUGCCAACAAAUCCCGAAACGUUCUCUUCCUGGCCAGGGAGGCGUUUCGCAGAGCUUGUUUGAGUGGAAGUACAAAGCGGGACUGGACUAAAACAAUUAAUCUACUGUGGCUAACAGUUCCUCUUGGUGUUUUCUGGUCUAUUUUCUUGGGCUCAGUCUGGCUACAGUUGCUUGAAGUGCCUGAUCCUGCUGUGGUUCCUCAUUAUCAGGCUGGCGUAGUGGCAUUUGGUUUUUCUGCAGUUAUUGAGCUUCUGGGAGAACCGUUCUGGGUUUUAGCACAAGCUCAUUUAUUCGUAAGACUUAAGGUAAUUGCUGAAAGCUUUUCAGUGUUGUCAAAAUGUUUUUUGACAGUAAUUUUAGUAAUUCUUUAUCCUCAGUGGGGCCUCUACAUUUUUUCCUUGGCACAGCUUUUAUAUGCCAGCGUUCUGGUCAUGUGCUAUGUAAUUUAUUUUGUGAUAUUUCUGGGGUCUCCUGAAGCAACAAAGAAGUCAUUUCCAGUUGCUAGAAUGAAAGCUCUUUUACCCAGCUUGGUAGAAGAUGAGACUUUCGUUAACUGGAAAGAGGCACGGUUGACUUGGAGCUUCUUCAAACAGUCUUUCUUGAAACAGAUUUUGACAGAAGGUGAACGAUAUGUGAUGACUUUUUUGAAUGUGUUAAAUUUUGGAGAUCAGGGUGUAUAUGAUAUCAUAAAUAAUCUUGGUUCACUGGUGGCCAGGUUUAUAUUUUUGCCUAUCGAAGAGAGUUUUUAUGUCUUUUUUGCUAAAGUAUUGGAAAGAGGGAAGAACGUAAAGCACCAGAAACAGGAUGAUGUUGCUAUGGCUGCAAGUGUGUUAGAAUUGCUGUUGAAACUUGUCCUUCUGAUUGGCCUUACCAUCACAGUUUUCGGCUAUGCCUAUUCUCAGCUGGCUCUGGAUAUUUAUGGAGGCUCAAUGCUCAGUUCUGGAACAGGUCCAAGUCUCCUCCAAUGUUAUUCUUUAUAUGUCCUAUUUCUUGCUGUCAAUGGAGUAACAGAAUGUUUUACGUUUGCUUUAAUGUGCAAAGAGGAGGUAGACAGGUAUAACUUUGUCAUGCUGGCCUUGUCCUUCACAUUCCUGUGCAUCUCUUAUUUCUUGACCCACUGGCAUGGCAGCGUAGGCUUUAUCCUUGCCAACUGCUUUAAUAUGGGGAUUCGAAUAGCUCACAGCAUCCACUAUAUCUAUGAUUACUUCAGAGAAAGCACUUACAGGCCUUUGGCAGGCUUGCUGCCCUCACCGCUUCUUGUACUUGUGUAUAUCAUGAGUGGAGUAAUUACUGUUUUCUCAGAGAUAUUCUUCUGCUGCAAUAAGGGUUGGAUGGCAAGGCUGAUCCAUAUCGGUGUUGGAGCUCUGUGCUUCACAGCAACCAUCGUUACUGUGUUCUGCACAGAGACCAAGCUCGUCCACUUUGUCAGAAGCCAGUUCCUCUCGCGGUACAUGAAGAAAGGAACCUAAAAUGCUCCUGUGCAGCACAGUUCUUGUACAUGCUUGCAGUGAAGGGCUAUAUUUUUCCACAUAAAAUAUGUACAGAAAAAGGUUUCCACAUGAAUUUCUUUAAACCAUUGGUACUGGAGCUGAAAUGCAAAUUGUUGCCAACUGAAUAUUGUUUCCUCAUCUAAACCAAUCGGUGCACCCAGAGUGCUGAGUAAUUUCAUCUUUGUGCAUCAUUCUUUUCUAAGCUUUUCUUCAAACAGCCUCGAUGUACUCUUUGGUGGUGAAUAGCCGGGAUGUAUCCUUCUGACAUAACCUAUUUGACAGACUUCAUGUGGGGAGCUCCUGUUCGUACCAAUAGGGCACAUGUGGAUGAAGGCAUUUGCAUGCCUUACAUCUUAAUUAAGAUGUAAUUAAGAAUGCCCUCAAAGUUGGGCUGUCUAACUGGUUGGAAAGGAAAUGGUCCGACAUGAAAAAUGCUGAAGAAGGUAACUCUAGAGCAAGGACCAGUAACGCUAUAACUGCAGUUGAACUAGAACGUAGAGUUGAGUGCAGAGAAAUUGAAUCAUCAGUGUCUUGCAGUGUAAAGCAGUGUACAGAAAGCUUCUGGCAUCUACAAGUAAGUUAACAGAACACACUGUGUCCACGCUAACUAUGCAAGAUUAUUUAUUUCAUUCCACAUAGCCCUCAUUUUUGAGGGUAGUGAUUGUCAAAAACGCUGUGCGGCCUCAAAUAAAUAAUAAAUAUGAUGGGUUUUGGAGCUGAGUUUGUCAAAAGGCACUGGUAAGUAUGGUCACACUGAAGCUGAAGUUCUGGAAGGCUGAGUUAAUCAAAAAUCUUGUGACUUCUACUCCAUUGGUUUUUUAUUUAUCUGAAAUUUUAAAUGCCAGCAUGAAUAAAUUCUUGUCUCAAAAUGACUUUUGCUUGUCUACUGAAACAAAUACAUAGUAUGUUUAAUAAGACUUCUUUCUAGCAUUUGUGCAUAUGCGUAUUGAGACUUUUGUUACCAGACAGAAAAUGCUGCUUUUUGUUUCAACUAGAUUUUUCUCUUGUGCCUUUGUUUGCUCAGUCUUAACCUUUUGUAUUUUUUAAUUGUUGAAAAAUUUCGACAUGCAACAAAAGCUAUAAAACAAGAUAGUGGACUGCUGCUCUGUGUUUUACUAAGAGGCAUGUUCUGAUGCUUAUCGAAGAGCUGAAUUUGGCAGUUUUGGAAUGUACGAAUGUCGGGUUUUAAUAAUCGGUGUUCCAUUUGCAGUGUUUGGGCCAAGAAUGACAAGUGAUGGAAAACGUUGUGCUCAAAGACGUGCAGUCUGAAGAUUUUAGUUUAAUUACAUAGCUAACUGAGGACUAUGGAGGAGUUUAAAGGAUAUUUCACUGAAAUGGCAUUGUGGAGUUCACCUUAGUAACCGUUGUUCGCAGAGAGAAAUGCUUUCUGGUACCACUGUAUCCAGCUCGGCACUGUUAGAAAUAUGAACAUUUUCUAAACUCUAAUAUUUAAAGGAUAUUGCCAGAGGUAUUUUAAAUGAAAAUUUGGUGAUUGAGAGAGAUUAGCCUAGAAAAGCCAAAACAUGAAGGUGAGAGGAAAAGGAAGGUAUUACUGCUUGUGCCUUGCUGGAAGGUGGUGGAUGAAAAUUUGUUAAUUCUUCGGAAAUUGUUAUGAAAUCUGUCUAAAUAAAAUAAACUGGACAGCAUUCUGUACUGUUA